GCCAUGCUCUAAGCAUACAGUGUUUAGAUACCCUAAGACGCUGGAGGCACGUUAACCAAGUUCCAAGAUGGGGCUGAAGUUGACUUUAAUGACGCUGGCCUUAUCUGCAGUGGUUGUUGCGUACAUUGCGAUGCAGUACGUUGACGAUUUUGACCCCGCUGAUGUGAAAGGUAAAAAUGUCCUAAUAACAGGGGCGUCAACUGGAAUAGGAGAACAGAUGGCGUAUCAUUUUGCCAAGAUGGGAGCAAACCUUGUCUUGAUUGCUCGAAGAGAACAUCUGUUGAAGAAGGUCGUAUCAGGAUGCAAGACGUUGUCCCCAAACUCCGAGGCGAAACACGUGUACCUCGUCUCUGACAUGGGAAACAUGGACAAUACGGAGAAAGUUAUACAGUUCGCAGAACAAACACUGGGAGGUUUGGACAUACUGAUGUUGAACCACGUUUUGUNAGAGAGAGAGAGAGAGAGAGAGAGAGAGAGAGAGAGCCCUACACACCCUCAUCUAAACACCCAUGCUUCAUUUAUCAGUUAA